GCAUCUGUAGAUAGAGCAUGUGACUAGAAAACCAGGAAACCAGGCUGCCUGUUUAGACGAGUAUAGCAGGGACAGACGGAGGCGUAUUCCACCUGGCUCAAGAUGUCUAUGCAGGGCUCCAUGGGCAGAAGGAGUUCUGCAGAUUCAGUAUGCAGUCUGUUGAUGCUCAUUUUGAUUUCUGCUGUAUGUCCUGUAGCCCCAUCACAAGAAACAGGGCCUAGCCCUUUGCAGUGUAGCGUGUCCCCCAACAGGCGAUUCGACUGUGUUCCAGAAAAGUGUGUAAGUAAGGAGGAGUGUGAGGCGCGUGGCUGCUGCUACUCUCCAGCAGGAGAUAAAGGGAACAUUGGACAGCCUUGGUGCUUUUUUCCUCCAAGCUAUCCGAGUUACAAGAUGUUUAAUUUAACCCAGACAGAUAGAGGAUACAAUGCCACCCUCAAGCGCUCAGUGGGGACAUUCAUGCCUCAUGAUAUAAUGACAUUACAGCUGGAAGUUUUGUUUGAGACAGAGAGUAGACUUCACUUUACCAUAAAAGAUCCUGCUAAAAAACGCUAUGAGGUUCCAAUACCAACUCCACAGGUCAGUGGCAAGGCAUCCAGCACACUCUUCGAUGUCCAAUUUUCCUGUGACCCUUUUGGUUUGAUCAUUCGCAGAAAGUCCAGCGGGCUGAUUUUGUUGAACACCACUGUGGCGCCGCUAAUAUUUGCAGAUCAGUUCUUGCAGAUCUCAACAUCCCUUCCCUCUGGGUAUCUGUAUGGUCUGGGGGAACACCUUACUGCUCUUAACCUCAGCCUUCAAUGGAAUCGCCUCACUUUCUGGAACAGAGAUUUACGACCUUCAAAAGAUUCUAAUUUGUAUGGGUCUCAUCCAUUCUACCUGUCUAUGGAGGAAGGUGGCCAAAGUCAUGGGGUAUUUCUGCUAAACAGCAAUGCUAUGGAUGUAUUGCUGCAGGAAGCCCCUGCUCUGACCUGGAGAACUACAGGAGGAAUCCUGGAUUUUUAUGUAUUUCUUGGGCCUGAGCCAAAAUCAGUGAUCCGUCAGUAUCAGGAUAUUAUUGGGUAUCCAUUCAUGCCUCCCUACUGGAGUCUUGGUUUCCACCUUUGCCGCUGGGGGUAUUCAACUUCAAACUGCACUCGACAGGUGGUGAAAAAUAUGAGGGAUGCAAAGAUUCCACUGCUCUUCUCUCUACAGGAUGUGCAGUGGAAUGAUAUUGAUUACAUGGAUGCCAUGAGAGAUUUUACAUAUGAUCAGAACAGGUUUGGGGAUUUUCCAGAGAUGGUGAAGGAGUUCCACCAACAGGGAGUCAAAUACAUCAUGAUCUUGGACCCAGCGAUCAGCAGCUCCAACACACCUGGGAGUUACCCACCAUAUGAUGAUGGCCUGAAGAGAGGAGUGUUUAUCACUGAUGAUGAAGGAAAACCCCUUGUAGGGAAGGUCUGGCCUGGCCUCACUGUAUUUCCUGAUUUUACAAUGCCAGAGACAUUUAGCUGGUGGUAUGAUAUGGUGAAGCUUUUCCAUGACCAAGUACCCUUUGAUGGGAUUUGGAUUGAUAUGAAUGAGCCCUCAAAUUUUGUCCAGGGCUCAGUGGAUGGAUGCCCCAACAAUGAGCUGGAGAACCCUCCCUACGUUCCUGGGGUAGUUGGAGGCUCACUUCGUUCCACCACCAUCUGUGCUUCCAGUCAGCAGCAUUUAUCCUCACACUACAACCUUCACAAUCUGUAUGGACUCUCUGAGGCAGUGGCCACCCACUAUGCUCUGGUAAAAAUUCUGAAAAAGCGUCCCUUCAUCAUUUCUCGCUCAACAUUUGCCAGUCAUGGUCACUAUGCUGGUCACUGGACCGGAGAUGUGGUAAGCAGCUGGGAACAGAUUUAUUACUCUGUACCAGCCAUUCUUUUGUUUAACAUGUUUGGUGUCCCCAUGGUGGGAGCAGAUAUUUGUGGAUUUGGGGGUAACACCACAGAGGAGCUUUGUGUGCGCUGGAGCCAACUAGGAGCCUUUUAUCCUUUUAUGAGAAACCAUAACGAUCAUGAUUCAGUGUCACAGGAACCAUAUGUAUUCAGUAGUGAGGCACAGAAAGCUAUAAAGUCAGCCUUGCUCAUCCGCUACACGCUGCUUCCGUAUCUCUACACCCUUUUCCAUAAGGCUCACAGUUCUGGGGAGACGGUGGCCAGAGCUCUUUUUAUUGAGUUUCCCACUGAUCCAAACACAUGGACAAUUGACCGGCAGUAUCUUUGGGGAGAGGCUUUAUUAAUCACCCCUGUUUUGGAGCAGGGAAAAACUACAGUUAAUGCAUACUUCCCUACUGGAACGUGGUAUGCCCCUGAAUCGGGCACAGGAAUUCAAAGUAAAGGCCAAUGGCUUAUGCUUCCCGCCCCACUAGACAAAAUCAAUGUUCACAUAAGAGGAGGUUAUAUUUUGCCUGCACAGGUGCCUGGUAUGAACACAGAGGAGUCUCGCAAGAACAAACUGCUGCUAGUGGUGGCACUAACCCCUGAUGGGGUUGCCCGUGGUGACUUGUUCUGGGAUGACGGUGUUAGCUUGGGAACAUUUGAGAGGCAGGACUACACUCAUGUUGUCUUCCUAGCUGCAAAUAAUAUCCUUCUUAACGAGCUAAUCCGUGUGAACAGUCAGGCAGAUGGUUUAAAGCUGGGAAUGGUGAAUGUUUAUGGUGUACCCAGUCCCCCUAAAAAGGUUCUGAUAAACGGCAUUGCAAGUGAAGAUUACUCUUACACCUUGGAUACUAAGGUGCUGAUUAUAAAGAGUCUUUCUUUGCCUAUAGGACAACAGUUUGUGAUCACUUGGACUUUAUAGGACUGGAUUGCUGCUUGUAUGCCUACUUUGGAAUAUUCUGCACUGUGUCAUUUGGUUAAUUUACUAAAGAUUAAAUUUAAAAAGUCCAACUACAUGUAUAUUUGCUUUGCCAUGAAUCAUUAUUUUGUCAUCAUCAUUUUGCACAUGUGGUUAGGUGUUUACUAUUUAAAAAAUGAAUUCUGAUUUUCCUUUAA